AACGAAGUUGUUGAUUCCUUAUGGUGGAGCUGAAACAGUGCUUGAACCUCCAACUCAAGAGGGCCUUGUGUCCUUCGAGGAGGUGGCUGUGUGUUUCUCCGAGGAGGAGUGGUCUCAGCUGGAUCCUCACCAAAAAGCGCUGCAUUGGGAAGUCACGCUGGAAAAUUGUAGGAACGUGGCCUCUCUGGGUAAUAAUGCGCAGGAGAAUAAAGAUUCCAGUGAACCAUCCCAAAUGAUCAGGCAUGGAGACGGAACGGAGAAGCCUGCAAUUCGAAUGGAACUAGGAAGGCAUGAGAGGAACCAGUCAAAUAAUUGGAAUACAGAAAGCUCAUCUUCUAUCGAUGCUCAGAUGCCACACUUUCUUGCACAAGAAGGAAAAAUAAAGAAAAAAGAUACUGGGAAAAGCAUCAGACAAUUCAAAGACAAAUUAGAUGUCAAUGAACACUAUCCAACCCAAACCAAAGGAGAAGAUUAUAUAUGCCAAGACAAUGGAAAAAAUUACAAUUGGACUUUCCUUCUUUCUUGUGAAAAUGGAUCCCUUACUUCUGAUAAAAGCAUCCACCCAGGGGAGAAGCCAUAUAAGUGCACGGAGUGUGGAAAGACCUUCAUUCAGAGCGGUGAACUUACUGACCAUAAAAAGAUCCACACAGGGGAAAGGCCAUAUAAAUGCAUGGAGUGUGAAAAGCACUUUAUUAAGAGCAGUCAACUUACUUCCCAUAAAAGGAUCCACACAGGAGAGAAGCCAUAUAAAUGCAUGGAGUGUGGAAAGGGCUUCAGUGAAAAUGGUUCCCUUACUUCCCAUAAAAGGAUGCACACAGGAGAGAAGCCAUAUAAAUGCACAGAGUGUGGAAAGACCUUUAUUCGGAGCAGUCACCUUAAUUCCCAUAAAAGGAUCCACACAGGGGAGAAGUCAUAUGAAUGCAUGGAGUGUGGAAAGAACUUUAUUCAGAGUAGUGAACUUACGCGCCAUAAAAGGAUCCACACAGGAGAGAAGCCAUAUAAAUGCAUGGAGUGUGGAAAGACCUUUAUUCAGAGUAGUGAACUUACUCGCCAUAAAAGGAUCCACACAGGAGAGAAGCCAUAUAAAUGCAUGGAGUGUGGAAAGACCUUUAUUCAGAGCGGUGAACUUACUGACCAUAAAAAGAUCCAUACAGGGGAAGGGCCAUAUAAAUGCAUGGAGUGUGGAAUGACCUUCAAUCGUAAUGGUUCUCUUACUUCCCAUAAAAGGAUCCACACGGGAGAGAAGCCAUAUAAGUGCAUGGAGUGUGGAAUGAGCUUCAGUCGUAAUGGUUCCCUCACUUCCCAUAAAAGGAUCCACACAGGAGAGAAGCCAUAUAAAUGCACAGUGUGUGGAACGAGCUUCAGUCGUAGUGGUUCCCUUACUUCCCAUAAAAGGAUCCACACAGGAGAGAAGCCAUAUAAAUGCAUGGAGUGUGGAAAGACCUUUAUUUGGAGCAGUCACCUUAAUUCCCAUAAAAGGAUCCACACAGGAGAAAAGCCAUAUAAAUGCAUGAAGUGUGGAAUGAGCUUCAGUCGUAAUGGUUCCCUUACUUCCCAUAAAAGGAUCCACACAGGAGAGAAGCCAUAUAAAUGCACGGAGUGUGGAAAGACCUUUAUUCGGAGCAGUCACCUUAAUUCCCAUAAAAGGAUCCACACAGGGGAGAAGCCAUAUAAAUGCAUGGAGUGUGGAAAGAGCUUCAGGCAUAGUGGUUCCCUUACUUUCCAUAAAAGGAUCCACACAGGGGAGAAGCCAUAUAAAUGCAUGGAGUUUGGAAAGAACUUUAUUCAGAGCAGUGAACUUACUUGCCAUAAAAGGAUCCACACAGGAGAGAGGCCAUAUAAAUGUAGCAAGUGUGGAAAGACCUUUAUUCAGAGCAGUGAACUUACUGACCAUAAAAAGAUCCACACAGGGGAAAGGCCAUAUAAAUGCAUGGAGUGUGGAAAGGGCUUCAGUGAAAAUGGGUCCUUUAUGAGACAUAAAAAGAUCCACACAGGGGAGAAGCCAUAUAAGUGCAUGGAGUGCGGAAUGAGCUUCAGUCGUAAUGGUUUCCUUACUUCCCAUAAAAAGAUCCACACAGGGGAAAGGCCAUAUAAAUGCAUGGAAUGUGGAAAGAGCUUCAGUGAAAAAGGGUCCCUUAUGAAACAUAAAAGGAUCCACACAGGGGAGAAACCAUAUAAAUGUGCGGAGUGUGGAAAGAAUUUCAGAACAAGUGGUUACCUUACUUUCCAUAAAGGGAUCCACAGAGGGGAGAAGCCAUAUAAAUGCACAGAGCAUGGGAAGACUUUUAUUCAGAGUGGUCAACUUACUCGCCAUAAAAGGAUCAACACAGGGGAGAAGCCAUAGAAAUGCAUGGAGUGUGGAAAGAGAUCAGGAGGAACAGUGACCUAAUUUCCCAUGCACAGAUCCAUUCGGGUGAGAAUCCAUGUAAAUUCUAGAUUUA